AUGACGAUCGUGGAGAAUGAAACAGGGACCCAUGGCCCCUUCGAGGCAGACAGAUUUAGAACCCUUCUAGAAAAGCUAAGUGGCACAUUGACUAUUUCUGCUGACAAAAUGGACUCGCUAGUCCAUGACAUCGAAGCAUCUUUACCAGAGUCACUUCUGUUCAAUCAACUCAUAGAGUUGGCAGCAGAGUCCGUUGCGCUGCGAACUAUCAUCAACCCUGAUUGCGGACUUCUAGCAGGGCGCUUGGAAGCGUACCGCAUUCGAAGGUUGGUUCCAAAACGAUUUUCGGAAGCUUUUCGAACAUUGAGACUGAACCACCACACUAGAACUCGCCAACCAUAUCCUUUGGUGUCUAAAGCUGCGGCUGAGAUCGUAGAGUCCAACGCAGACUACCUUGAUUCUUUGGUCUGUCCAGAGAGAGAUUUCGACUUAUCAUACUUUGGAGUGAGAACUCUCCAAAAGUCAUUCCUCUUGCAUAUCGAUAAGGUCGUGGCCGAAACUCCCCAAUAUCUCUUCCUCCGUGUGGCUGUGGGCAUCCAUGGGAUCCAUGGUGACGCUGAUAUGCUCGCUAGAAUUAAGGAGACCUACGAUCUUAUGUCUUCUAAGUAUAUGAUCCACUCAUCACCCACACUCUUUAAUGCUGGAACUGAUAACAAUUUCCUAUCUCUGUGCUACCUAAUGGCAACAGAGGAUGAUUCAAUCGAUGGAAUCUACAAGACAUUGCAUAAGGCGGCGAUGAUAUCCAAAGGCUCCGGAGGCAUAGGAAUCCACGUGAGCAAUGUUCGAGCUUGUGGUGCUCUCAUCAAGGCAUCCAACGGAACGUCCGGAGGACUCGUGCCAAUGCUCCGCGUCUUCAACAAUACUGCAAGAUACGUAGAUCAAGGUGGGAACAAAAGGCCGGGUGCAAUGGCUGUGUACUUAGAGCCGUGGCAUGCUGAUGUCCAAGAAGUGUUGGAACUUCGUAAGAACCACGGACAGGAAGAGCUUCGUGCAAGGGAUCUUUUUUAUGCUUUAUGGAUUCCUGAUUUGUUCAUGAAAAGAGUAAAGGAGAAUGAGGACUGGUCUUUGUUUUCACCUGACGAAGCUCCGGGACUUAAUGAUGUCUUUGGGCAAGAGUUCGAGGACAAGUACACACUUUAUGAAAGACAGGGCCUUGCAAUGCAGACUAUCAAGGCUCGAAAGUUAUGGAUGCAAAUUUUAGAAUCUCAAACAGAAACUGGGAUGCCCUUCAUGCUUUACAAAGAUUCAUGCAAUAGGAAACUGAAUCAGAAGAAUUUGGGAACCAUCAAGUCUUCUAAUCUAUGCUGCGAAAUUGUUGAGUACUCCUCUCCUGAGGAAAUUGCAGUAUGCAAUUUAGGACUGCUAGCUCUUCCCUCGUUUGUGAAUGCCGGUCACGAGAAUGGAAUCUAUUUCGACUUUCCGAAGUUACACCAGGUGACAAAAGUACUUGCUCGAAAUCUCGACAAGGUCAUAGAUGUUACAAAGUAUCCAGUUGAUAUUUCGGAGACUUCAAACAAGAGACACAGGCCUAUUGCAAUCGGAGUUCAAGGUUUGGCUGAUACAUUUUUGGAGUUGAGACUACCUUUCGAGUCAGAGAAAGCUCGUAAACUUAACAGCCAAAUAUUCGAGACUAUUUAUCAUGCUGCAGUUGAAUGUUCGGUAGAGAUGGCCAUAGAAAAAGGUGCAUACGAGUCGUUUGAAGGUUCGCCAGCAUCUAUGGGCAAAUUGCAGUUUGAUCUAUGGAAUCACAAGCCAAGAUUUUUCGAUGACUGGGAUGUUCUCAAAGAGAGAGUCAAGAUUUACGGGCUUAGAAAUUCACUUCUAGUUGCACCUAUGCCUACGGCAACAACUUCGCAAAUCUUGGGCUUUAACGAAUGUUUCGAGCCAUUUACAUCGAAUCUAUAUCUGCGCAGAGUUCUUUCAGGAGAAUUUCAGGUCGUAAACAAGUACCUAGUCAAGGACUUGGAGGAUAUGGGCAUAUGGAGCGAUGCUCUUAAGAAUGCAAUUAUCAAAGACAACGGACUGAUUCAGAAGAUUGAUAUCAUUCCCUCUGAGAUCAAAGAACUAUACAAGACUGUAUGGGAAAUCAGCCAGAAGGUUGUUGUUCAAUUGGCAGCUGAUCGUGGCCGUUUCAUCGACCAGCUGCAGAGUAUGAACAUUCAUUUACAAAACCCGACAUUCAAAACUUUAACCUCCUGCCAUUUUUAUGCCUGGGAACAGGGUCUCAAGACAGGAAUGUAUUAUCUCCGUACGCAAGCAGCGAGCCGAGCAAUCCAGUUCACCAUUGAUGAAGCCAAGAUCAAGGCAAGUUUGGAUUCUAUUACAGGAAAGAAAAUAGCGAGCCUCAAAAGACGAGAGUACAUUGAAGCUAAUGGUUACCCGAAAAAGGAAGCGGGUCAAACUUCCCAGGAAUUUUACAAGCGACUGGCAGAAUCCACUCCUUGUUCGAUCACCUCAUAUGAGAGUGAUAAAGAGAGGGAUAUGCUCUUGAAGCACGCAAUUUCAAGAAGCCACAAAAAACGAAGAAAAGUGGUUAAUGGUGACAGAAACGGCGAGAACCAAGAUGAAACUUACGACAUUUACGACGAGACUCCAUUGUCAUGUAAUAUUAGCGAUGUCGAGGGCUGUGAAGCAUGCUCCGGCUAA